AUGAGGUGCAUCCUUCUUCUAGUUUCUACGUUCACAGUUCUGAUUCAGUGCUGCAGUCAGUCUGGAGGUUGCUGUAAAAGGAGGACUCCUCCACCAGUAACUUGUGGGCAAUCUCAAUGCCAGCAAGGUUAUGCAUGUGGACAGUAUGGAUGUGCUCGAAGAAAAGCAUUCGGUGGUCUAACGAAAAGAGUUGACGGAGUUUUGGUGAAUGAUGAUUUCCAUGAACAAGCAGAACUAGCAGAAGCAAGUGCUGCUUUGAGACCUCAUGAUGUGUCUCACAAGAUCAAUGUUGAACGAUUGACAAAUCCAAACUUUAUAUUUCGAUCCUGCUGUGAAGCGAGAGGUCUUCCAGAUUCAUGUUUGAGGCAUUGUCAUUUCAAUACUUAUACAUUCAAUACAAUAGAAUCAAUGUUCAAUAAAAAGGACAAAUGUCCGAUCGAAGCUAUAAAUGAGAUUCAUUACUGUGCUGCCCAAGGAAUCGAUCAUAGAGAAUGCUGCCAUUCAAAUGGAGUUUCAACCACAGCAGCUGGAAGGAAAUGCCUCUCAUUUUGUGACCAACGACCGAAUCGCUUCAUUCCAAUUGACGCAUCGUAUCUCCCCUGUUAUGAAGUAUUCGAGGGGAUCAAACAAUGUUUCUACCAAGAGAUCAAACGUCGAGCUUCGAAGAAGUUUGAAAACUUAGAACUUGCUCUUCAUUAA